GUGGAAACUAACAAGAGUGUGAUACCAGGCAGUUCAGAUACAGAGCAAUGAAGGUUUUGGUUUUCUCCCUCGCUCUCCUGCUGAUUUUAACAUGCGGGGAAGCCCUGGAGUGUUCCCACUGUGUUCCCCGAAAGCCUGGUGGCACCUGCACCACCACAGUGGAGAAAUGUGAAUUUGGCAAGGACGCAUGCGCCCGGGCUAAAUUUCUCAUCAGCCCCUAUUCCCACUUCCAACGGUGCAUCAGCAUGCAUGACUGUCACCUGCUACAGACCAAUGCCUUCAUCAACCUCCACUGCUGCGACACAGACCGUUGCAAUGCGUGACCUGGAAGUGGAUCACAGCCAAGACAGAGCAUUUUAGCACAGACGGCACUCUACAAAAGGACUCUCGAAAGUCGAUUGUGAUGUGCAGUUGCAAAUUAGUUUUCAGUGAUGAAAUGAAGUCUCUCGGGGUCACUGUUACAUUUCAUGGUGAUUCAUGGAAAAAGAUUCACAUAGGUGAUUUUUGUAUAAUUUUACUCCAUGCAGGGAUUCAGCACUGUGACUCAAACACAGGAAUCGUGCAGUUAUAAUGAAUAUAACAGUAUAUAAGCCAUAAAGAUCAUGAUCAUGAUCCUGACUAACCAGAAAAAUACUGUGGCAAUACACUGUUUUGAAUGACGACAAUCCCAAAAUAAAGCAUUUCACUUGAAA